AUGACAGAUUCUCCAGAGAUAGUGUAUGACAGAAGAUUGUCAAAGAGUCACAGAUCAUCUACGAAACAUGACAGAAGAUCAAAGCAUCGGGAUGAGUGGGUUUAUUUUGUUAUUGUUUUAUGUUUUUAGGUAAAACCUUGGUAAAAUGUGGACUAAAGGCGUUUUUCUUGAUGGAAAACUUGAAAAGAUAGGUGUCUAACUAUUUUAAUUUACUUUUGGUUUUAAACAAGCAAAAAGAGAAUUAAAAGGCCUGUUCCUUGGGGUCUACUAUAAUAUACUGUUUGAUCUUGGAAAAGGGCUGUAAAAUUUUAAAUUGCUGUUAGAGUAACGUGAAAUUAAACAUGUUUGUUACGAAAGGAGUAGUUUAGUUGUACACAAAAUUUUAGCUGGUUUGAAGUUUUCUUUCAAAUGAUAUUAGCAAAUGCAUCAAGUGCCAUAGGUAAUAUAGAGAUAGUUCAGUUUACAAGGAAACUUUAUAUGAACCAAAGUAAAUUUUUUAGUGAUUCAUCAGACUAUCGACCGUUUGAAGUGCCAGAAAGGCUGCAACAAGCUUUUGACUCUCUUCCAAUCUCAAAUCAAGCAAAGUUGGUUGAGUUCGAGAAGGACGAUCUUCCACUUUUUGAGAAUUUGGCUAAAAUUUGCGGAUCUUCCAAAGGCCAUGGUCUAUCAGCUCAGGAACUUCAGGAUCGAUUUUUCGAGGACAUACGAGAAGGUGAUAAGCUGUUAGUGAGGGUGAGAUCAGCUAAUGCCAUAAUGUUGGACGUGGAGAUGUUGUGUAUGGUUAGCAGGUUCAGAAGACUGCUGCAGGAUGCUGGGUUAGGAAGGGUAUGUGUACAACGUUGUCUUUGAAAGGUUUUUUAAUGUUUGAUGAAAUUUUCAAUUUUUGGGCUUAUUUGAGGGUGUUAGAAAGUCUUGUCGUCGAUUUACAUUGAUUUGUAGCUUAAAAAACGACAAGACUUUUUGGAAUUAAGAACUAGCUUUUUGAUACUACGAAAUAACUUAUUGAUGCAAAGAAAUACCUUUUUGAUACUAUAUAGUACUAUUCCAGUUCAAAAUCAUGCACGAUCGCACGGACUACGUCUAUCACACCAACGACAUUAUAGAAGGUAGUUUAAAGUAUCAUUUACAGUAUCAACAAUUUAUUUCAUAGUGAUUGUCGAUCAAGUACUAAAGGGACAGACUGAAAAUUCUCAGAAAAUCAAGCUAAAGGUGCUGCUGGGUACUGUAAGUUUUAAAUUUAAAAAAAAAAAUUUAAUUUUUUUAAAAUUUUUAAUAAUUUUUUUUUCAAAUUGAGGCUCCAAUUCAACCGAAUCAAGCACCGCUUUAUUACAGGUAAGAACUUUCUUUACAGACUCAUUUUUAAACUUUUAAAAACGGUAUCUAUCGUAUAACUUGUCACCCGCAGGCUGCGAAGCAACUAUUUUUUAUUUCUUUGAGGAAAAACCGCAAGAACUUUCUUUACACAUUUUAAUUUUAUGAAAAACCGCAAGAACUUUCUUUACAAAACUGAAUUUUUAGAAAAACUGCAAGGACUUUCUUUACAAAACAUUUUUUAAAGGGCCGCAAGAACUUUCUUUACAAAACUGAAUUUUUAGAAAAACUGCAAGAACUUUCUUUACAGAACUAAUUUUUUGAAAAACUGCAAGAACUUUCUUUACAGAACUAAUUUUUUUGAAAAACUGCAAGAACUUUUUUUUACAAAACUCACUUUUUGAAAAAACCGCAAGGACUUUCUUUACAGAAAUAAUCUUUUUGACAAACUUCAAGAACUUUCUUUCCAGAACAGCGACAAAACCCGAAUCCGAUGAAAAACCGGCCAAAUUUGAGGAAAUAAUGUCAGUUCAGUCAAUGCUAUCCAAUCCAUCGGCUAAUUAUGCCUUAGGCUUUCCUCGCCGAAUCGACCAAACUGUUUUACCGAAAUUCCGCGGGAAAACGGUUCGACCGGUCGGUGAAACCAUCGAAAGUUUGAAGGAGCUUCAGCUGUCUGAUGUGGCCAAGGAACAGAUCACUAAAGCCGGAAACUUCAUCAAGGACGGCCGGAACUUUGAAGCGAUCCAGGCCUGUAAUAUGGCAUUGAAGAACCAACCGGACCAUUUGGAUGCUCUCUUGGGCAGGGCGAUCGCGUAAGUGGGUCGAAAAGUUUGUAGAAUUGCUAAAUUUACACUCUUGGUGCAGAAAUACCAAUGAAAUUAGUGUUUCUGCUUUUUUAAAAAAAGUGACGGAAUGUUACAAAACUUAUUGCUUUUUUAACGAAAUGUCACACAAUCUAUUGGAUUUUUGCCGGAGUGUCGAAAAUGAUUGUUUUUUGCAAAAAAUAUUGUUUUUCAUUUUCGAUUUUUUGUAUUUUUUUCUAAAAGUUGACGAAGUGUCACAAAAUUUAUUGGAUUUUUGACGAAAUGCCACAAAAAAUAUUGAUUUUUUAAAAAUUACGAUUUUUGAUCUGCAAAACAAUAAAAAGACAAAAUUUUACGUUUUUGGUCAAGAAAUUUAUAGAAGAAUCGAUUUUCAUAGGUUUAACUGCGAUUUUUCAGAGCUCACAACAUGGAUAACAUCGAAAGUGCUAUAAUUGAUCUCGAAAAGAUCUUAUCAAUAAAACCAGAGCACGAGAGAGCUACGAAGAUAUUGGCUAAAGUUUUAGUGGCUAAAGCCGAAGAGUAAGUGGGUUUUUGUGCUUAUGAAUGUUGUUAGGCUUAUUUUAUGCUGAAAGAUGCUAUUAGACUUAUUUUUAGGCAUAAAUUUGUUGUCUUUGCUUAGUUUUUGGGCUAAUUUUACAAAGUUUAAAAAAUUAGUUUAGGCUUAUUGAUAAUGCUUUCUUCCAGAGCCGAAGACAAAAAUGACAAAAAAUCGGCGAGUCAACUCUUCUCCGCCGCCCUAAAACACGAUCCAUCGCUCCCAGAAGCCAGCGAAGGCCUGGAACGAUGCUCAAAAGGCACGGAGAAGAAGCGAAAGAUCCAUGAGAUCGACCUGACCAAAGACGAAUCGAAGCCAAUAAAAAGAAUGGCACGAUCGACCGAGGAAAUGGAGGAAAAUCGACGGAAAUUGGCGGAAAUCGAGAAAUUUAAACAAAGACUCAUGAAAACCAGGAAAUAA